AUGACGGCUAUUGAGUAUGGAGGUGGCCCUACGGCUAAACAGCGACAGGAUUUUUGUAAUCUGCCCCAGGGCGCCCAUAUUCCCGGGUAUAUGGGCUACUGUCCACAGUUCAAAUUUGUUCAUGGGCUAACAUAUGGAAUACAAACGGCCAAGAUUGCAGCGUCUGAGAUAUAUUUAAAACCUCGAAUUGGCGACGACAAAAUAUCAAAAACACCAAAAGUCUUCAAGGAUGAAAUUCCGCGUGACAAAAUUCCUAAAGCCACUGGAGAAAAUAAAUACAUGGACACCAUGAUUCCUGGAUAUACUGGUGACGUCCCUCAUAUGCCUUACAAGUUUGGUGGAACCUUUAAGCAUUUAUGCGAAGAAUGUGUGGAUGAGUUUGUUACAGAGUAUCAAAAACAUGAGAAGGACAAUCAAAACUUGAAGGAAUUGAGUGGCUUGUUCCCAAGAUUAAAACCGAUUCGAGACGACCCCAGCGCACGCGACAAUAUGAACUUGUGGAUUGACGAUUAUUUGAAGAAAACUGCGGGCAAAAUAGGUCCCCGUGGACCAACUGAGCCACCCAUACCUGGAUAUACAGGUUACAUUCCGCAACUGCGGACGACAGAGCUCGGAACUGCAAACCGGUUUCAUGAAGGCGCUGAG